UACCUUUGACGUGUGUUGCAAGUAAUCGUCGAUCUCGAUUGUCUUGGUUAACCAAGUGUAACGAUUCGUGUAGCAAAUUGUUAACGUUAUUUUCUGCAGUAAUAAAAAAAUCGCAUUCUUUGUUAUUUCUUUGUUAUUUUUUCAAAAAAAAAUUUAAGUUCAUUAAAAUAAAAUAUACAUAUUAAAAAUGAAUGAAAAAAUAAUUCUUAAUAGCUUAUACUUUAUUUAAAGCUAUUAAUAUCUUUUUUUAAUAAGUUUGUUACUUUAAUUUAAUAUUAUCCAUUAAUUAUAUCUAUUGUGAACAUAUUGAAGAUUAUGUUUAGAUUUCAAAGUUCGCGCUUGUAUAACUGAAUUCUUUAAUAUUUAUAAUAAAAAUAAAUAUGAAACUAUUAUUCUUUAAAUAUAUUGAUCGUAAAUAUUAAUAUAUUUUUAUAAAUAUAUUUAAUAAUACACAUAUUAAAUAUUUAAAUUUUAACCACUAAGAAUCGAAUUAUUUUCGUUGACAUAAAUUUGAUACAUAAUUGAAAUUGUAUUGUUGUAUUAACAUGAAUAUCGUCAUUAAGAGAUAAAAAUUAUUUGUAAGUAAUUUUAAUCGAUAUGUAAAAAAAUUACAAUAAUACAUAACAAAAGUAUAAUAAAAAAUUAAUAAAUCGUUAAUCAAAUAAAUUUAGUUUAAUAUAUACAUAUAUCUAAAUAGUUAUAUAUAUAAUUAUAUAUAUUAUAUAAAUUUUAUACCUUUUUUAAUUUUUUGACAAAUAUACAAUAUUUGAAAAUCGUAAUCAAUUUAUAUUUAUCAUAUAAAUUAUGAUCAAUUUUGUAUUACAUCGGUAAAUGUUUUAAUUAUAUACAUAGUUUUAUAUAAAAUCAUAUAGGUUGGCAAUAGCUAGGAAAUUUUUUGAAGAGAAGUUUUUCUUUCUUUUAUUGUUCAGUUACUAGCGAAUAACACGUGUAAAAAAUAAAUGUCAAUGAAAAUGUUAGAUAAAGUUGAAGAUUGUAAUAACGGUAAUGAAGAUAUAGAUUGUUUAAAUUUUAAUGAUUUAUCAAAGGAACAUAUAUUACAAUGUGUUAACAUUAUUUGUCAUUUAACUGAAGAAAAAUUGAAAACUAACAAUGCAUUGUUUGAAGAUGAAAGUCAAUCAAUUUUCAUGCAAGUAACAUGUAUUAGAGUACCUAAAACUCCAAAAAGAUUUAUGAGAAUAUUACUACCACAUUCAAUAAUAUCAUCAAAUGAUGAAGUUGCACUUUUUGUUGGUGAUCUCCAAAGAGGAAGAAGAAGAGAUUAUGAACCAACAAUAGAAUAUUAUGAAAAUUUAUUACGCAAACAUGGUUGUACAAAAAUAAAAAGUAUAAUACCAAUGAAUCAAGUGAAAACUGAAUAUGAUCAAUAUGAAUUAAAAAGAAAACUUGUGGGCACCUAUGAUCAUUUUCUUGUAGAUGGAAAAAUAGCUGGUCAUUUAUCUCAUUUAUUAGGAAAAGAAUUUUAUAAAAAAAGAAAAUUGCCAACAUCUAUUAGAAUGCUGAGUAAAGAUUUAAAACAUGAAAUAGAAUAUGCUUUAAGGAAAACUGUCAUGCAAAUUCAUUCUUAUGGUGAUACACAUAUAGUUCAAGUUGGGCAUACUUCUAUGAAGAAGAAAGAAAUUUUAGAAAAUAUAUUAGCAACAUGUCGUUAUUUAUCUAAAAAUUAUCCAGGAGGUUGGGUUAAUAUUCGUUCUAUUCGUAUUAAAACAUCUAUUAGUCUUGGUCUACCAAUAUAUAUGACAUUGAAAGAUAAAUGUUCAGUUGAUGUGCCAGUAAUGCAACCUAGAAGACCAAAAGCAUAUCAUAAUGUAUCAGGAGAACUAACUACUGCACCUGGUAUUGCUACUGUAACUGUUACUCCUGAAGGAGAUAUUACUAUUAAAAAAAUUAAAAGGAGAAUCUUUCUUCAAAAGAAAAAUUUACAAAAUAAAUAAAAUUCAACAAAUAAAAAAAUUGUGAUUAUUUUUAUAUUACUUUAUUAAAUCUAGUAAACAAAGUUAAAAAAUUA